CACUGGAGUCAUCACUUUCGAUUGCAACCACCGAGUGACCUUGAGAAUGGAAGCUACAUGCCAAGGCCAGAGAGGCACAAAGAGAGACGGAUCCUGGGUCGUAAAUAAGAUGGUGGGGCUCCUACCUUUGUACGGUUCUGUCAUCAGAAUUUCACCACUUCCUAAGAAAAGCCCUUCUUGUUCUGCUGUGUUCUGGAGCACUAAAUAGCACUGGACAGUCUACUCCUUUAAAAUUUACGGUCCGCGCGAUGUCUGGAGCCAGCCAGCCCCUCGCCCUUCUCCUCUGCGGCUGUUAUGCGGCGGCCCUGGGAGUCCACACGGGGGAGCGCAGCGUGGCUGAAAGCCGCAACACUGGCUAUUACGUGGCCGCAGUGUACGAGCACCAGCUGAUCCAGAGUCCGGACCCUCUAGCUCUCGUCAGCCGCAGGCAGGCCUUGGAGCUGAUGAACCAGAACCUCGACAUCUAUGAAGAGCAAGUGAUGACUGCCGCCCGAAAGGGUGUACAGAUUAUAGUGUUUCCGGAAGACGGCAUCCAUGGAUUCAACUUUACGAGAACAUCCAUUUACCCCUUUUUGGACUUCAUGCCGUCUCCCCGGGUGGUCAGGUGGAACCCGUGCCUGGAGCCCCGUCGAUUCGACGACACGGAGGUCCUCCAGCGCCUGAGCUGCAUGGCCGCGAGGGGGCGCAUGUUCCUGGUCGCCAAUCUCGGGACGAAGCAGCCAUGUCAGAGCAGUGACCCCCGCUGCCCCGUGGAUGGAAGAUACCAGUUUAACACAGACGUCGUGUUCAGCAGCAAUGGAACCCUCGUAGACCGCUACCGCAAGUACAACCUCUACUUCGAGGCGGCCUUUGACACCCCUUUCCAGGCGGAUCACGUUACCUUCGAUACCCCUUUUGCUGGCAAGUUCGGCGUCUUCACCUGCUUUGACGUGCUGUUCUUCCAGCCCGCCGUCUCGCUGCUCAGAGACCCCGAGGUGAAGCACAUCGUGUUCCCGGCCGCCUGGAUGAACCAGCUCCCGCUGCUGGCGGCUAUUCAGAUUCAGAGUGCUUUCGCCAUGGCCUUUGGCGUCAACUUCCUGGCUGCCAACAUCCACCAGCCGUCCUUGGGCAUGACCGGAAGUGGCAUACACUCGCCCCUGAAGUCCGUUUGGCACCACGACAUGGAACAUGUCACGGGCCACCUUAUAAUUGCCCAGGUAGCCAGAAACCCACAGCGUCUCGUUGGGACAGAGAACGCCACAGAUACAGUGGACCCAUCCCAUAGUAAAUUUUUAAAAAUCUUGGCAGGCGACCCAUAUUGCGAGAGGGAUUCUCAGGAAGUCCUCUGUGACGGAGCCACCAGAUGGAACAUGAACGCUCCUCCCACGUUUCACUCCGAGAUGAUGUAUGACAAUUUCACCCUGGUCCCCGUCUGGGAAAAGGAAGGCUCUCUCCGAGUCUGUGCCAACGGCCUCUGCUGUUACUUACUGUACCAGAGGCCCACUUUGUCCGAAGAGCUGUAUGCCCUGGGGGUCUUUGAUGGCCUUCACACCGUGCACGGCACUUACUAUGUGCAAGUCUGCGCCCUGGUCAAGUGUGGGGGUCUCGGCUUUGACACCUGCGGGCAGGAGAUCACAGAGGCCACGGGGAUGUUUGACUUCCACCUGUGGGGGAACUUCAGCACUCCCUAUAUCUUCCCUCUGUUACUGACCUCAGGCAUGACCCUGGAGACCCCUGACCGGCUCGGCUGGGAGAACGACCACUAUUUCCUGAGAAAGAGCAGACUGUCCUCUGGUCUGGUGACAGCAGCCCUAUAUGGGCGGUUGUAUGAGAGGGACUCGGGGGAGUGGGGGCCGGGUGCUGGCCACCGUGUGGAUAGCCCUAAACUUACACAGGCCACAGCUCACAGCACUGGGACCACCUCUGCCCAUCCUGGGAGCUUUGGGAAGAAAUAGGGGAGGCAGGUUCCACCCAGUGUCUCUUCCUCUUACAUGCAAAUCAUUGAGACAUUUUCUGGUAUUUUCUAUCCACAGUUAUCUUUGCCAAGCCACAUCUUUCUCUAGCAAAUCUCUCACUACGCAGUUUGCUUGCAGAGCUAACACAGCCUUGGCUGGGAGGGUCUGUUGGUUGGAGCAUUGUCCUGUACACCAAAAGGUUGUGGGUUCAAUUCCCAAUCAGGGCACAUGCCUAGGUUGAGGGUUUGGUCCCUGGUUGGAGCAUGUGUGGGAGGCAGCCAACUGAUGUUUCUCUCUCAUAUCGGUGUUCCUCUCUCAGAUCAAUAAAUGUAUCCUCAGGUGAGGGUUUAAAAAAAACAACUAGGAUGAAAUAAGUGACAGUUUUUAUUGCACAGCCCCACAGAGCAGCGGCGUGUGUGUUUUCCUGGUUCUUGUUGAUCAGCAACGCCCAGGACCUCGAACCUUUUCUAAGGCAAUAACAAACUCGCAAAGCAAACGCCGCCAUGGAAAUGGCUACCGUGGGGCCCUCUGCCCACUCUGGUCGACUGGCAUUCUAUCCAGAGGAAAUGGUAGCACCAGAGCCACCAGCCACACCAGGAUUGUGGAUUUGGAAGCAGCUUGUGGAGACAGAAGGGAAGUUUUUCUCACCUCUGCCUUUCUGCCAGUGAACGGAAUGUGUGUGGCGGGGCCCACGUGCCCCGGGGGAAAGAGCUCGGUGCCCCAGGGAGAGGGCCGCUGGGAAAAGGUGCUGGAGGCAGGCAGCGGCCGGAAGGUGUGAGUAAUAGUCUCUUCACCCAGCGAGUCUCACCCAAGGAUUCCAGGGACCUUCAUCGAUCAUGAUCAUGCUGGCUUUCGGCAAGAGCCUCACUGCUGCCCACCUGGGCAGGACGGAAUGGUGCUGGUAGAAGUCAAUCCCACCCCACCCCCCACCCCCAGCCAAGAAGGGCCUUCCGUUUGCAGAGAGGCACUGUACCUCUGGCAGAGAAGUUGCCACAACUGCUGUGGAGGGUGGCCCACUUUAAUCCUUCAUUUAUUUAAUCACUCCACAGGUGUUUUGGAGAGCCCACCAGGUACAGAGCCAGGCCCUCCCACACACUAGUUUCAGAUGCAGAAUCAUCACAUUCAGUGUGUGAAGAUUUUGGUAGGCCACUCAUUUCUACAUUAUUUAUAGCCGACAUUUCAAAGUCAUUUUGAGUCUAUGCCUAGUAACUGUUUCCAAUCAUUUUUAAGUAGAAAAUGGAUAAUUUUUCAAGAGGUUGGAUAAUUAGCCACCUGUGGUUUGCCUCAAUGUUGUGACUGUUUAGUUGUAGCCCCGCCCCUUUUUAGUCUUCAACCGAGGAUAUGUUCAUUGAUUUGAGAGAAGGAGAAACAUCGAUAAGAAAGAGAAACAUCGACUGGUUGCUCCCAUACAUGCCCAGACCGGGGACUGAACCCGCAGCCUAGCUACGUGCCCUGACCUGGGAUGGAACCUUUGACCUUUCUGGUGCACAGGACGAUGCUCCAACCAGCUGAGCCGCCCGGCCAGGGCUAGUUAUAGUCUCCUUUUUAAAUUGGGUUUUCAGAAACAAUGUAUGCAUGAACGUAAUUAUAUGAAGUAAAAAAUGAAGUUUUAGGCAGGUUAUGAAAGAACGCAGGUCCUAGAGUCAGCCUGGCCAGGUGUACUGUCUUGGCCUCACUGCUGACCCUUCACCACACAGGCCUGGGACAACUUGUUGACACCUCACUGUGCCCCGGUUUUCUCAUCCGUGGACUGUGCCCUGAAUAAUCCACGUGGGAAAGAGGCGAAGUCCCCACUGACUCACUGCUCACCCACAAAGGCCUGGGAUGAGUCACAUCUCCAGGGAGUAAGCAGGAACGCCUCGGAUUCCUGAGGAAGCCCUGGGAAAUGCCCUGGAGUGGGAGUGGGGCCUCUCCCACCCGCUGACGGGGCUGGCCUGCCCUCCCUGGUGCAGACCACAGCGGCAGGCUGAGCUGGCAGGACCACGUGGCUCCGGAUGUGGCCGGCUGCCACCCAUGUAGCUUCCUUGCCCAAACCCCAGGGAACAGAAAUCAUCUUAAAAAUGCAUAUUGUUGCUUCAUGUGAAGAUGAUUCAAAUCGGCCUGAGAAAGAGACCAAGAGGCUAGUCCUAAAUACAGACGUGGUGGAACUACUACUUGGCCCAGUCAACAUUUACAGAGCACCUGCUGGAUGCACAUUCUGCCCUUCCAAGCGGAACACCUACAACUUUCCUUAGUGACUUCCUACUGACAAUUUAGAGCUAAUAAGUCAUGACACAGAAACGAGGAGGAACGAAACCAAGGCGGUAAAACAAAAUGAUUUUUUUUAACAAAAUGGUUUUUACAAUAAAAAGUAGUAGCUGCCAGAUGGCAGAACAAAGUAGAGGAGGGGAAAAAUGGGUAAAAUAAAUAAUUUUCUGGAAAAAAAA